AUGAAUUUUCUCAAAGAUUUUUUUGAAUUCGCCGCUCCUAAAGAUGGAAAGGUAUCUGGUAAAUGUAAAAAUUGUAGUAAAAGUUAUACGGAUCAAGUUGGUUCAACUGGCAAUUUUCAUAAACAUCUCAAACGUGUACACAAUGAUCUAUAUGAUAAAGCAAAAUCUUCAAAUUCCACUACACCUAUUAAAGAUACAAACGAUAUUUUGGAAAAUUCGACAAAUAACAACGACAAAAUCAACCAAGCUAUUCUUGAAGAACUAAUUGUGAAAUGCAAUUUACCACUGUCAAUAGCUGAAUCCCGUGGUUUUAGAAAUUUUCUAAAAAUACUUGCUCCAAAAUGGAAACCUGCGUCGUCUCGUUAUUACACCAAAACAUUAUUACCAUCGUUGAUGAAAAAUACACAAGAUAAAAUAAAAAAUAUACUUAGUAACGUGAAAUAUUUAACGAUUACAAUCGAUGCGUGGACAGACAAACGAGGAAGAUCCUACAUCGGUAUUACGGGUCAUUUUCUUGACUCACAUAGCGUUCCACAAGCUCUUCUUUUGGAUUUCAUACGCUUUAAAGGUGCACAUACUGGAGAAAAUAUUCAUAAUGUUACAGAACAAAUACUGGAUAAAUUAGAGGUAAGAAUAUUUAAUAUCAUUAACUCAUCUAUCUAUAUAUAUAUAUAUAAAGAAAAAUGUUUGCUUGUCUAUUCGCUAUGUAUUCAGUCCCUGUAAUAGGUACGAUCACCAAACUUUCCAUGGUACCCCCUAGGUUCAGAGAGAGAUCGAGAGGAGUUGGUACAACUAAGGGUAUCGGUGGGGAGGGGCGGUUGGGUGAAGUAUCAUUCAGUCUAUGCAAAUCGAAAAUGCUCUAACGUUUUCUAAGGAAAAGAAAGUGUAUAUGAGUGUUUUUCAUAGCUCUUGUGUGCGAGUGAAGAUGAAGGAGGGUGUGGUUGAGGUGAGGGAGUGGGCGAGGGUGGACUAAGUGAGGGUGAGGAAGUGAGUGAAUGAGCGGAUAGGUGGAUGAAAGUACGAGCGUGAAU